AAAAAAAGAUUUCAACAUAUUCACCGGACUAGGUUUUUCAACCUAACGCGAUUCAAUUUGUCUGUGUAUUUGAACAUCCCCGAGGAGAAAUCUGAUUUGAUUUGUCACUGUAGGGGUGAUUUGAGAAAACUGUGUUUCUCGUGAAGUUCUUGUCGUUCCUCUGGUUGGAGACUGACUAUUAAUUAAUUUGAUUGAAUUUGGAAGCCGAUUGAUGCUUGCAAAGUAUAAGCAGAGCGCUCGUUUUGGUAAGAAAGCUUAGAUCUGCAAGUGCGGGAGGAUGGAGAAGAUGAACGAGGCAAUCGAGAAGAUGAAGAUUUUGGCGGGGAUAGAGGUGGAAGAUGCUGCUACUUCUAAUUACGAAAACGAGGGUUCCAGAUCUUUUGCUUUCUUAGACGACUUCGACGCUACCUGCACUUUGUCCGCCAAGCAGAGGCUUCACGGAUUUGCCAUAUGCUUGGUUGCUGGUUUAACUUGCACACUCUUGUCUAUGCUUGUUUUCUUCAAUCCAAUCAAGUUCGGGAUAACUUUUACCUUUGGCAAUUUGCUCGCACUAGGGAGCACAGCUUUUCUCAUAGGCCCCAAAAGGCAGGUGACAAUGAUGCUUGACCCAGUUCGUAUUUAUGCGACUGCUAUAUACAUAGCAAGCAUGAUAGUUGCGCUCUUUUGUGCCCUUUAUGUUCGUAACAAGCUAUUGACACUAUUGGCAAUCACAUUGGAGUUUGGUGGACUCAUUUGACCGUCUUAAGAUGGUAGAAGGAUGGCUUGUCUGGACGAUGGAUGACUCCCCUGAAGGAGGGUGACAACGAUGGGUGACUCACUCAAGGGAGUGUGACCAAGGUAGUUAAAAUCGGGAUUUUAAGUGGGAUCGAAAAAGAAUUCAUAAAAUUGGAUUGUAAAAUUGUAAGAUUUUAGAGACAAUUAAAAAUACCCUUUAAUUUUUAUAAAUAUAUGUUUAUAAUAACAUAAUUUUAUAAAAAACAAAUUAAUAUAAUUUAAUAACCUGAUUAUUCCUUCUUAUAACUCAAAAGAUGAUACUUCCAAAAUAUAACUCAAAACUAACAUGUUGGUAUAGACAAUUUAGAGGCAAAAUAUAGCUAAAAUUCUUUAGAGGAUGAUUCCAAUAUUCUCCAUUAAAUUUAAGUUGCAAUUUAUACUUGAAGCGUAAAAUUGUUUGGGGGUCUCUGAAGCGUAAAAUCGUAAAAUUGUAUGCCUAAAAUCGGGAUUUUAUAAGAUUUUACCCCAAAUAAGAUUUUACAUGGGAUUUGAAUCGUUUGGGGGUCUUCGAAGCGUAAAAUCGUACGAGUAAAAUCGAGAUUUUAACAACAAUGGCGCUACGUGGCCAGGCGGGGAGCCCCCACGUGCAUGGUCGUGACCUGCCACACAAGCUCUGCAACAACCCCACGCACGCCCACACCCGCGUCGCUGUAGCACCACCUGCGCAGCUUGCACCCCCAAGUGACGUCACUCGAGGGUGCCCCGAGCCCGUGCGACAUUGUUGUUAAAAUCCCGAUUUUACGCGUACGAUUUUACGAUUCGAAGACCCCUAAACGAUUCAAAUCUCAUGUAAAAUCCAAUUUGGGAUGAAAUCCUAUAAAAUCUCGAUUUUACAUAUACAAUUUUACGCUUCAGAGAUCCCUAAACAAUUUUACGAUUCAAAGACCUUCAUUGAUUUAAGUUGCAAUUUAGAGGAUGCUUCCAACGUCUCAAUGUCACAUAACAUCUGACAUUGGAACUUAUGCAAUGAAUUGUUAUAUUUUGCUUCUAAAUUGGAACUUGAUUUAACAUUGAUUGCAUAAGUAAAUCAAGACAAACAAGUAAUUAAUUAAUGGACCACCCAACCCCAAAUCGGGAUUUUACUUGAUUUAAUCAAUGUUAAAUCAAGAAAAAAAUGCAACUUAAAUGUAAUGGAAGACGUUGAAAGAAUCCUCUAAAGAAUUUUAAGCUAUAUUUUACCUCUAAAUUGCCUAUACCAAUCUGCUAGUUUUUGAACUAUAUUUUGGAAGUAUUAUCUUUUGAACUAUAAUAAGGAAUAAUCAGGUUAUUAAAAUAUACUAAUUCAUUUUCUACAAAAUUAUGUUAUUAUAAACAUAUAUUUACAAAAAUUGAAGGGUAUUUUUAAUUAUCUCUAAAAUCUUACGAUUUUACGAUCCGAUUUUUUGGACUCUUUUUUUAUCCCACUUAAAAUCCUGAUUUUAACUACCUUGCGUAGCACUGUCUCCUUCCUCUGAUUCUUUCGUUUAUUUUUGCUGAUCCACUCUAUCCACUUGUUUUGCAGGGCACAUCACUAUAUAUUUGAUUUUCACUUGACUUAUAACCUUUAGUUUUAAAAGUGUUUCUCCAUAUCUUGCGCUGAGUAUUCACACAUUCUUUUGUCUCAUCACCAACAUAAUGCUAUUUGUGAAUAAUGUAUGUUUAAUGAGUUUAGCCAUUAUUAGGACAAACAAGUAAUAGCUUAAUGUAGAUCUUUAAUAUAAUUCUACUGUAAUUGAAAAUGCCUCAAUAUCUCCUUCACAUGUUCUAACACGUGUUUCUCUUCCAUGAUACAUGUCUUUAAUUACAUGUAUAUAAGUAAUUCAUACUUAUUUCUUCUCUAAAAUCCUCUAUAAGAUUUCUCUAGGAAUUUAAGCUUUUUCUAGUUCUGUAAACGCCAUAUGUAAUUUUAUUUUUCUUUUGAGGGUCUCCCCAGGAUUUGUCUUUUUUCUGUUUCGUGUGUUUAGUUACUAUACUCAAAACAAGAUCCUAGUUGUAAUAUUAAUCUCAUGGAACAAAGUAGUUGAUGUCACAGGUGUGGUCUUGACACUUGCAAUAAGUUAAUUAAAAUGCCAAAAAAAAAGGUUAAUAAUUUCCUAAUGUUGGCCCAAUCACGAGUAGUAUCUCAAGUUCACUUUUAAAGUAAGGAUCAAAGUUCUCAAAUCACUCAAAAGCUCUUUCAAACUUUAGUGUUGCAUUUAACCUUAAAUUAGUUUAAUUCCAUCUACCUGAAGUCAAAUUUCAGGAGUUCUCUAACCAUCUUAAGACCCAAAGAAAAGUAUUUCCCACACUUAAACCAUAACUCACACACACCUGUAAAUCAGCUCGCUUCCUUAAAAGAAGAAUCGGCAAGAUGGGAGGAAAAUGAAAAAACCGCUAAUGCAGUUUCAAAAAUAAAGCUAAAACCGCUAAGGCAGUUUCAGCUUUAAAGAUUAGUUUCUUCUUAGCUUCCACUAUUGUGGAUACUGCUUUUGCUGUUUCACAAACAUAGCGGCUCAUUCAACAAUGAAUAAACCGCAAAAAGUGGCUUUGUUUGUUUUUUGUUUUUAGGAAACAACUGCUAAAGUGGUUUUUGCAGGUGUUUGAGUCAGAGUUUUAUAGUGGAAAAAACUUUUUUCUGAAUUUUAUUUUGUAAAUUUUUUUUAAAGAUAAUUUCAGAUUUUGAAAAAAAAUCUUACAUUUCAGUGUUACAUGAUUUAAUCCUUAGCCUCUAAAAAUAGCAAGCAUCGUGCCAAUUUUAUUUUUAACAUUUUGCAUGUUAGAAAAACUGGUAAAAAAAUAAACGAUGGGUUUGUAUUUUAGAAUCCUUCCCCCCCCCUCCCCCCCCUAGAUCCGCCCCUGGUCAUCCCCCAAAUCUGUCAUGGGAUUUGGACCAUUGGAGGCUGAAAUGACUUCUGGAUCUGGGGGCCAGCCCUCCCCCAAAUCCAUCAUUGGAUCCGCCCCUGGGGAUGACCGGCAGAUGUGAAUCUAUAUUAUUUGUCAUUAUACAAUUAACUUCAAACUUAUUUUUUCUAAAAUUAUAAUAUUGUCUACUAAGUGAUGGAUGUGUUUAUAUAAUUAUAUUUAUUUAUGUCUAUUCCUCUGAGAAUGUUUUACUCUAGAAAAGCUAAAAUGCACAAUGAAAUGGCACCUUGCAAGAAGUGUAUGCUUCUUAGCCACACAUAAUCCGACCAGCCCCAAUGGCUACCUACUGAAACUAUAUAUUAUCACUGCCCAUUCUCACUGCAAAAGCCACCCCAUCAUGUAUGGCCACAUACACAUGUUACUGAAUGUUGCUUACUGAAUGCAUUGCACAACCAAGCCUUUGUCCCACCCUCUUUCACUAUUGCCCUGCAGCCACCCUGCACAUUGCCCAAACUGCAGCCCCUGCUGCCACUGCGCCACCCAACCUGCCAGUCUCACCAAUGCACUGCCCAACCUGGCCCCCACCAUUUAGUUUCGCCGCACAUUACCUAUGCAAAUACACACCUUGUAGAUGUUAUCCGUCUGAGGAGACCCGUUACAUGUUUAAGAUCCUUUUGAAAACACAACCAACUCUUGAGCAAUGGCCAGUGUAUAUGCGUGUAGGUACUUAAGACUGAUGAUGAUUGGAUCGAAUGAGAGGACAUAAAAAGGUCAUACUAAAUAUUCUGUUGCACUGUUAGUUUGGAUGAAAUUUCUCUUGUUCGCCCUUCAGUAAUCACUACCAGAAUUCUGGAGGCUCUGUGAUUUUGGUCUCUUGUUCUCGUUUGUUCUCAUUAAGGUGGAAAGGUUCUAGUUGUUUCAGUGGGCUCAUGAACAAUGUUCUCUGGCUGCUUUGACUGCCUCUCUCUGCUAAGCAUCCAUCAUGUUGUUUUGUAUCUCUUCUAAAUCAUAUUAAUUCUUAUCACCAAAUCCUCUUUCGUCGCGAU